UUACACAGUUUUUCACCAUUUUUUCAAAAGUUUUAAGGUUUUGAAAGCUGGAGAUUUUCUCUCACUACUUCCAGCAACUUUCUCUCUCAAAACCCACUUAGUUUCUUCCAUUUGGAGCCGUAAACACUCUCCAAAUCCAUAAAACAUUCCACUAAAGUUGUAGCUCUCAUUAAAAGCUACAAGGCGAUGGUCUUGAACUUGUGAUUCUCCUUCUCUUCUAAGCUCUUUUGGCACAAGUUUAACUAUUGCUACUAAAAAAUGAACUAUUCAUCACCUUCUUCCUCAUGGAGUGAGCCCCAUGGUGGUGGGACUACUGCAGGUGGUCUCCACAAUGGACGCUGGCUUCACGGGUUUUCUGUAAAUGUGGGCAUCACUUCAAGUUUUAUUGCAGAAUUGUGGGGCUGUAGAGAAGGUCUGAAGCUUGCCCAUUCUCUAGGAAUAUCACACUUGAUGCUAGAAAUGGAUUCACUACUUGCUGUGCAACUAAUCCAUUGCCGACAAUUAUCUGUUGGCCCGGCUUCAAUAUUGCUUAACGAUAUCCACUUAUUGUUGGAUCAUUUCCACUCUUGUGCCAUUCUCCACACCCUCGGGGAAGGAAACAAGGCAGCUAAUUACAUGGCUUCCAUUGGGCAUGGCUCACCUCUGGGCAUUCGGUAUUUUCCAACUCCACCGGCGAGCAUAAACCUUAUUUUGCUGGGAGAUAGUGCAGGGACAAUGUUCCUAAGAGAUUAGUUGUUAAUUUAACUGCUGAUGUACCAAAAAAAAAAAACCAUGUAUGAAAUGGGAUGAAUAUGUAUUUUUCUUCAUUUCUUUUAUCUCAUUUUGACAACUGUCGCACAUUUCGC